CUCCGCAUUUCCCUUCGGAAACCAUCGUACAAACGCCACCGUUAACUCUACAGAAGCAAAGAAAUCGUAAACCAUUCAUGCGAAAUGGCUCCCAAGGAGAAGAGCAACGCUACCACUGGCUUCAAUAAAGGCAGUAGCGGCAGUAAAGAUAAGAAAGAGAUGCAUUACAGAGGUGUUAGGAAGAGGCCAUGGGGCCGUUACGCCGCCGAGAUUCGGGAUCCCGGUAAGAAAAGCCGGGUCUGGUUAGGCACUUUUGAUACUGCUGAGGAGGCAGCUAGAGCCUACGACAAGGCGGCGCGUGAGUUUCGUGGCUCCAAGGCCAAGACUAACUUCCCUUUACCCGGCGAAAUCGCUCCGAUCAACACCAAGGUUGUUGACCAUAUAGAUAACCAGAGUCCUAGCCAGAGUAGCACAAUCGAGUCCUCCAAUCCUCUGGCUGUGCGUGAGGUCACGAGCAACAUCGGUGCCGUGAGUGGGGUGGUGGAAAGGUUUCCGUUUGUUUAUCAACAGCAGAACGUUGUGGGUCCAGUUUGGUUUUUUGAAGGGAGAAGCAGGCCCGAGUUUAUGACUCAGCUAUUCCCUGUCCGGUUUAACCCAGUAGGAGUGGAAUUCAAUGGUGGGCUCGUCAGCAGUGGAACCCAGAGUGACUCGGACUCAUCAUCUGUGGUUGACUGCAAACCAGCAAGAGAUAUCGAUCUUAAUCUUCCUCCAUUGGAGGAAGCUUGAUCUAAUUUAUUGAAUUAAUUUUUCAGAGAAAUAACUCAUUUAUCAUUACUAAUCAUAUCUAUAUCUUUGAUAAUUAAAGAAAAGUAGUUACUGGGUUAUCAUUGGAUGUAAAUAGCUUAGGUUUUUUUUUUUUUUUAUGCAACUGAGAGAAAUACUUAUGAUUUUCUCUUUUGAGUUGUUUUUAUUGUAGGCAUACAUUAAUUCUACAAGUGUUUUUCUUUUUGAAAAAUGAAUACCAAUUAAUUGCUGAUA